AUGGAGAAACAGCCCGCGUCCCAGCUGGUGGGCGCUGAUCGACGCGACGAGGCCGUGGUGUACCUCGAGGGCCACGGGGAUGUGCAUGCUGACGUCAAUCUGGCGACUCUGCGCCGCAAGAUUGAUCGGCGGUUGAUGCCCUUUAUGUUCUGCUGCUACGUGCUGCAGUUCCUGGACAAGGUCAUGUUGAAUUAUGCCGCUGUAAUGGGACUGAGGACAGACCUCAAACUGGUCGGCAACGAGUUCUCCAACACGGCGACAUGGUUCUUCAUCGCAUACCUGAUCGCAGAGGUCCCCAAUGUGUACUGUCUGCAGAAAGUCCCUGCGGCCAAGUGGCUCGGAGGGAAUGUCUUUCUCUGGGGCAUCGCGGCCGCGGCCUCUGCGGGCGCCAGCGACUACCGCAGUCUGCUGGUCGCGCGAGUGUUCCUCGGUAUCUUCGAAGCGACGGUUGGCCCGUCGCUGAUGCUGCUGAGUAGUCAGUAUUAUACGCGCAGUGAACAAGCCCCCCGGUUUACCUUCUGGUACAUGGGUCUGGGUGUCGCCCAGAUCCUGGGCGGGAUUAUCUCGUUCGCCUUCCAGCACGUUCACCAUGCGUCCCUGGAAGGAUGGCGCAUUAUGUUCCUGGUUCUGGGGCUGGUCACUGCCAUCGUUGGCACCUUGACCUUCUUCUUCAUCCCAGAUACGCCGAUGAAAGCUAAAUGGCUCUCGGAGGCGGAGAAGAUCGCUCUCCUGCAGCAUGUGGGCGAAAACCAGACUGGUGUAUGGAGCACCACCCCGAACUGGAAGCAGAUUCGUGAGGCCAUUUGCGACAUCCAGCUCUGGCUCCUGACUCUGACGACGAUCCUGAUCUCCGUGUCAAGCGGUGUGGUAACCACAUAUUCGGCAACUUUGAUCGCCGGCUUUGGCUUCUCCCCCCAGAUCUCAGCCCUCCUCAAUACCCCCGGCGGCAUCGUCAGCAUCUUCUUCACCCUCCUUGUCGGGUUCGGCAUCCGCAGAACCUCCCACCGCUGGGCCUGGAACGUGCUUUGCACCAUUCCCGGCAUCAUCGGCGGCGGUCUGCUCUCCUUCCUUCCAAAGAGCAACAAAGCCGGCGUGCUCAUCGGCAUCUACCUGGUCAACGCUAUCGUCGCCACCUUACCAAUCCUCUACCAGUGGACCAUGGCCAACUGUGCCGGCCACACCAAGCGCGCCUUCGCCAGCGCCCUCGUCGCCGGUUCCUUUUCUAUCGGCAACAUUAUCGGCCCCCAGACCUUCCAGGCGCGUGAUGCUCCUGGGUAUAGGCCGGCCAAGAUUGCCGUUCUGGCGACGCAGGCUGCGGCAGCGGUGGUGUCGGUGGUGCUCUUUUUGUAUUACCUGCGGCAGAAUCGUCGCAGAGAUCAGACCAAGGGCCCGGUAGAUGAGGCUAAGGUGGAUGAGAUGAAAUGGGCUGGGCUCACGGAUCGGGAAAAUCCUAACUUCCGCUAUGCGUAUUGA